AUGACGGAUUUUGCAAUUCCAAGCCUUGGCAAACGUGUCAUGGCUCAUGUCAUUGAUAGUUUGGCUGAGGCACAUCCGGAAAAAAAGGUCUGUUCUAUGCCAGGGAGCUCUAAUAGUCCAGAAACCUAUGUGGAUUUGAGUGUCCAACAACUGGCCCAUGCAGUCAAUUUCAUGGCAUGGUGGAUUGAGAAAGAGUUUGGAAAAAGUGACUCUUACAAUGAGACAUUGGCUUAUCUGGGAUCAAACGAUGUACGCUAUCUUGUGAUAGUCAUUGCAUGUAACAAGACUGGCUACAAGCCCUUGCUCUCCUCGACACGUAACUCCCAGGCAGCUCAUGUUCGCCUUUUUGAGAUGACCAACUGUUCCAAGCUUGCCUUCAGCUCCGAAAAACGGCAAAAGGCUGGGGAGAUAUGUUCUGCUGCACCUCAUGUGAGCAGCCUCGAAGUUCCUUCAUUGGCAGAUAUGAUGUCUCAGGACACCAGCCUCUAUCCUUUUGUGGGGACAUAUGAAGAUGUCAAAGACAAAGUAGCGUUCAUCGCUCACAGCUCAGGCACGACGGGAUUUCCCAAACCAAUUCAACUCACUUUUGGAUACUUCGGAGCCUUGGAUCAUGGAGCCCACGUCCCUAUACCAGCAGGGCGUGUAGCUGGUGUUCCAAACAGACUACAUCCCGAUGAUUUAAUUCUUUCCACGACUCCCUUCUUCCAUCUCAUGGGAUUUGCACUUCUUAUCAUGGCAGUGUUUCAUGGUAUCCCAUGUGUGAUAAUGCCAGACAAGCCCCUAUCAGCAGACUUGGUGACACGCGUACUUGAUAUCACUCAGCCAACUGCAGCGCUCUUCCCUCCAUCCAUUUUAGAAGAUCUUGCAGCAAGCCCCGAGUCAAUGCAUGCGCUCUCCAAACUCAACCGCGUGUAUUUUGGAGGCGGGCCACUGUCACCUGAAAUCGGUCGCAAGCUCAGUGAAUGCACUCAGCUUGUCAGCUUCCUUGGUACGACGGAGGGCGGUUUUGUGCUGUCUCUUCUACCUGAGAAUGGAGACUGGUCUUACUUCGAGUGGAGUCCUACUUUCGGUAUUAAAAUGGAACAUGUCGAGAGUGGAUUGCACGAAAUGGUCUUGUGCAGACAUGAGAAUCCCGAACUACAGCCUAUCUUCCACACAUUCCCUGAUCUUGAAUGCUAUCAUACGAAAGAUCUUUACUUGGAACAUCCAACUACACCGAAUCUGUGGAGGUUUCACGGUCGCUUAGACGAUGUCAUUGUGCUUAACAAUGGCGAGAAGUUCAACCCUGUCACAAUGGAGAAGAUUAUCGAGGGACACUCCAUGGUGGCUCGCGCGGUUGUCGUUGGACUCGGCAGAUUCCAGACAGCCUUGUUGAUUGAGCCGAGCUGGAGUCAAUUGGACUCACUCGACAAACAGACCAACGUGAUUGAAAUUAUCUGGCCAAUAGUGCAAGAGGCUAACCGAAUCAGCCCGGCACAUGGACAUGUUCUGAAGAACAAAAUUACACUGGCAUCUCGCGAUAAACCUUUUGCCACAACUCCGAAAGGAAGUACUCAACGACGAAUUGUGACAGACGAUUACAGAGAUGAGAUUGAGCACAUGUACUCUUUGCCAGAUGCCGAAGAGCUUUCAAUUACCCUGCCGCCCUCUCCAGAUUUCCCAAGCAUUGUAGAAUUUGUUCGAUCCCUUUUGCUCCACGUUUCAGACAUCAAUUCAUGCGCAAAUGACGCCGAUCUCUACAACGUUGGACUAGACUCACUGCGCACUAUCCAGCUAGCGUCAACCCUCAGGGCAACAGGGUUCAAGGAUAUCACUCCCCAAAUGAUUUACAUGCACCCAAGCAUUGACAAGAUCGCGAUUCUCCUCAACGAAAUGCUUAGCGGAACAAAGAAAAAGACAACUUCGAGACGUGAAAUGAUCGACGGGCUAGUCGCAAAGUAUACAAACGAUCUCCCAGACCAAGGCCAUGUCCACACUAUGUGCAAAACAGACACCCUUACAGUCGCACUGACAGGUUCAACUGGAUCACUCGGCAGCUACCUUCUUGAUUCGCUCCGGUCAGACAAGACUGUGAGCAAAGUCUACUGCCUGACGCGAGAUGGACAAGUAGAGAGACAACAGAAGGCCUUCAAAGAAAGAGGUCUGGACGCAACAAUUCCCGACAAAGUCGAAUUUAUCCAAACCUCACUCGGCGAGCCCCAACUCGGUAUUGACGCCGUCAAAUACAAAGAAAUGCUCCAAACUGUGGAUACAUUCAUCCACAACGCAUGGAGGAUGGACUUCAACAUCUCAGUCGAGUCAUUCGAAGAAGUGCACAUCCGAGCCGUGCGUAAUCUGAUAGACUUCAGUCUUCAAAGUGCACAUCGUACUCAUAUCCAUUUCCUCUCUUCGAUUGGUGCAAUCGGUGGAUGGAUGCUAUCCAAUGGAUCAGCCAUCCCCGAACUUCCAUUUGAAGAUUGCGAUGUGGCGCUUCGCCAGGGAUAUGGGGAGGCAAAGCAUAUCUGUGAGCGGAUCUGUCUGGCAGCUUCUCGGACGGCUGGUGUACCGACUAGCAUUCAUCGCUUGGGACAGAUUGCUGGGCCGUCUACUGAGACUGGGUAUUGGAAUCCGCAGGAGUGGAUUCCAGCUAUUAUUGCUACUUCGAAGUCUCUUGGGAAGGUUCCAUCUACCCUUGGCGCAUUUCCCGUUGAUUGGGUUCCAGUGGAUCUGCUGUCCAAAAUUGUGGUGGAAAUCGUUCACGCCCGCCGCAAGAUACCACUUGAAACCACCUUGUCCGUGUUCCACCUAGUCAACCCCAUAGUCACGACAUGGAAAAGCCUUCUAAAGCCAAUUCAUGAUAUGUAUGCAUUGGAAGAGGUAGGAAUAGAGCAGUGGAUUGAAGAGCUCCGGCGGAUUAAGAUACCGACGCGGGAAGACCUCGCAAGUAAGCCAGCAUUGAAAUUGCUUGGGUUCUAUCAGAGUCUGGUUGAAGGAGAAGGAGCUCUAUCCGUUCCUCUUGAAAUGGAGCACACGAAGGCUGCGAGUCCAACCAUGAAGUCACUGCCUCCGAUAACGCCUGAUAUGAUGGCUAAAUGGUUGAACCAGUGGGCAUUCUGA